AUGGCCGACGACAGUUACCGAAAAGAGUAUCCUCAGCAGAGCCGCCCCGACGACAGUCACCCCCGAAAUCAGUCGCACUAUCCUCCACCACCAGAUACCGCACAGCGUCCAUCCGACGUUCCUCCAGGCACCAUGGCUACUUCAGUCACUCUACCGUCCAUCCAUGACUCUCGCGGUUAUGGGCCGCCGCCUGCAGCUCCGGGUCGUGGCUAUCCUGCGGACCCGCGAUAUGCAUCUCCCAAUGCUGUCAACGGUUACCCGCCUCCUGGCCAGCAGCCUCCACCAGGCCAACCUCAGCAGUAUCUCCCACCUCUUCAACCUCAGUCCGACCCCCGAUCCUCAGCCUACCCUCCUCCCCCACCAGAUCAACGAGGUUAUUAUGAUGACCGCCGACCUCCGUAUGGGCAGGAGCCAUAUCCGCAGGACCCCUACUAUGCUUACUACCGCGGCCAGCCACCUCCAGGACCGCCGCCAAAUGGCUACCGCCAUCAUCCUGGCGGCGUUUAUGAGUACCCUCCCGUUGGGCCUGGUAAUGGGCCUCCUCUCACGCAGGCAGCCCCUCGUCAAAGAACAUCAAUUGCUUGCCGAUAUUGCAGGAAAAGAAAGAUUCGCUGCAGCGGCUACCAAACUGCUCCUGGUGGAAAGUGCCAGAAUUGUGCUAGAAUGAACCAGGAAUGCAUCUUCCAGCCUGUCUCCUCAUCAAGCUCGACAGCUUUUAUACCUGUAUCGGCAGUUCCAGGAGGCGUUCCUCCGGGCACACAGUUAUUCGGCGCCUAUGGUCAACCUUUGGCACCAGGCAACCCUCCACCUCCACCUCCACCACAUGCUGCUUAUCAGCAUGCUACUGCCCCACCGCCUCCAGGGAGCUACUACGCGCCUGUUCAGUCACCGACGGAAUCCUUCUCGUCUUACGGAGACGCGAGAACAGAUGAUGGUAGCCAGCUUGCAGGACGACGACGACGCAGGACUUCAGAGGAACAGGAUGACGCUUAUAGACUACCUCCUCCACGAAGCGCCGUAGACGAAGACCCACGACGAAGGUCGCCAGCCGAGUUUUCUAACCACAGUAGUCCGGGCGGAGUUGGAUAUCCACCGUACCAGGGCGCGAGACACAGCCCGCGGAACCCGACGAGUGGUACCUUGCCUCAAGCCACGCCUAGUGGUAGCUAUGCUACUUCUGCUCCCGGUGGUCGGUCUCCGACAGGCCAGAAUGGGUCAAGUGGUGCGUCCACCCCUGCCAGACAGGGACAGCAAUCCCAAGGAGCAAACGCAUCGAUCAUGAGCCUGAGCAACUUGGUAGAGAAGAAUGACAUCGACAAAACCAUGAUCGACAGGCUUAAUCGACCUGCACCAGGUCAGCCAGGUGGUCGAAGAGACGUCAGCCGUUAA